UCACGUAUUUUUCUUUUCGGUUUGUUAAAAUCCAGUAUAUAAACUGCAGAUCUACUAUGAGUCUUUUAUACAACGACAAAUACCGAGUUGUGAAGAAUAAACGACAAUUUAUCAAGGUAAGCGGCCGAAUCAGUUUUUUUAUUGUAAUGAAUCUGAUUAUUUAUGGCUUGAAAUUGAUACAAACUCACAUGGUCUCUGAUCUUUCGUAGCCUAGGCAUCUGUCAGAAUGGACCUUCAUCGUGUGGCCCUGCUGUGCACCUUUUUCUGCUUUGCGCAGGUGUGGUCAAGGCCAACAAACUGCAUCCUUCGUGAGGACUUGCUGAAGAGAUCCUACACAGUUAUAGAGACUGCGGGGGGGCUUUUCCCUGUGCAGUGCCUGGACGAAAAUGUUGUCAUACCUUUCCCCCAAAAUGCGUUCGAGUCUGACAACACGGAUCAGGUGACUGGUGUAGAAAAAUCUGUUUACCAGACACUUGAGAAUAUUAACGCACUGUUUGAGAAGUUUGAGGACUACACUGGUCCAGACCAGCGAUUUACAGAAAACUGGAAUGAGUUUCGAGGCCUCGUGUACCGGCAGAUUAAGGAGAGCAAAUGCAUCAAGUCUGAAGCGGCACAGGAUUUCCCCAGCAGAGAAGCUUCACUGAAGGUUUACUUCGAGACUAUAACCUCAACUCUGAAAGAAAAGGAUUUCAGUUACUGUGCAUGGGAAAUUGUCAGAAAAGAGAUUCUCCACACCUUGAAGUUCGUUCUGGAUGUCAACUCCAACGUCAAGUUCUUAAGAUAAUAAGUCUUAAGAAUUCCAAAUUUAUUUAUUUAUUUAUUUAUUUAUUUAUUUAUUUAUUUAUUGCCUGUUUUUAAAUAGGUGUAUUGUUUCUAAUUACUGUAAUGGAAAAUAACUCACUUUAACUUUUAAAUUACAUCACAUCUUUUCCAUUUCCAUUCAGCACUGGACAGUUCACAGCUUAAAUACUUUAGCUUAAAGUAUUUAUAUAUUAAGAUUGAUUUUUUUGUUACAUUUUACAGUG